GUUAUGUGCAGCUCAUAAUCCGCUCCGACGAGGAACAGACGAUUUAAACCGUGUGUAAUAUGUAACAGACAUAUUCAUCCUGUGCAUUGCUCGACUCUCGUGUGACAGUUUCUACCCAGUUUUUUUACUCGAUGAUAGAAAGGACAUUUUCUAUCGAAGGGACGCUGAACGUACAGGUAGUUUGUUGUCAGUAAAACCCCUCUCAGUGUGAGAAGCUAGCUACCACCAAGCACCGACCUGAAGGCUUUCUGCAACACCUCUCAUCUCUGGCAACCAGCAAUGCAGAAGACAUGAAGACAUGGCCAUGAAGCAGACAGCCUCGUCCACCUGUCAGUGAACGUGUGUAGCAGUAUCUCCUCUGUGUUGAUCUUUCAUCGUGACGAAAUGAAUUUCUUGCGUAAUCGUCUUGUUGUUCUUGGCCUGGUGUUGUUGGCCACGUUGCUGUUGUACCUGCUGCUGCCAUCCAUUCGCCAGGGCAGCAUGGAGCCGUCCCUAGAAGCUCAAAGAAUGAUGGCCACCCCUCCUCCUCCAAUACCAACCAUCAAUGUGUCCAUUCGCACCGGGCAGCUACCCGGGGACCCUCCACUGUUCUUCAGAGAAGCUCUACCUAUUGAUGGAGCUGGACGACAGAUAUUGCCAAGGCUGCAGGUGGUUCUUCUGCACGGCCAGGCCUUCACAUCCAAAACCUGGGAGGAGCUCGGUACGAUGGCCCUGCUGGCAACUAAUGGAUACCAGGCCUUAGCGAUGGACCUUCCAGGUUAUGGAAAAUCGCCGGACUCCCCGGAGGCUUUGAAGACUGAUCAGAAUCGAGUGGACCUCCUUUCAAGGUUCAUGGAGUCUUUGGGUGUCCGGGCAGCUGUGCUCUUGAGCCCCUCCAUGAGUGGACAUUACUCCAUCCCCUUCCUCAUGAAGAACAGCGCUCAGCUACAAGGCUUCAUCCCCAUAGCGCCGGUCGGCACCCGAAGUUACACUCCACAGCAGUACCAAACUAUUGAGAUUCCCACUCUCAUUGUGUUUGGAGCCCUGGACACAAAUCUGGGUGCCCAGUCCCACAAGAACCUCAUACAACUUCCAAAUCACUCUGUGCUGAAGUUAGAAGGAGCUCGCCACGCCUGCUACAUGGACAAACCCAGAGAAUUUCACCAAGGGUUGAUCGACUUCCUCAGCAAACUGAAGUGAGAUGUGUGGCGGAGGAAGAGGAAGAGGAGGAUGGCGAGGUAGAAAGAUGGAAACAAAAGAAAGAAGAGGAAACAGUCAGAGGAACACUAGUCCCCUAAUCAACGGUUUAGUGAGGUGACAAUUUAGCUAAAAGGUUCUACAUUAUUCUCAUAUUCUCACUCAUCACCUGAAGCAAAGAACACUGGCAUGGGAGUAGGUUUUCAUACAUGGAAAACGGCAUGUACGACCUUGUAGUGACAUUUAACAAUACAGUAUUUCAGAUGUUUUCAUGUUAAAGUCUAAUUUUUUUGUUUUCAAUUUUCCAGUGUCACCCAACAAUAACUAGUUCAGCUCCGCUUUGUUGUAAAAAUAGCUUCAAAUGUGUAUAGUGGUGCGUUUUGUUUCAUGCGUUUCAUGUCUUUCUCUGCAUGUAAAAACAUGGAAUGUAUUUGCUUCACUGUUACCAUUUUUGUAGGUGACAUGUAGGUUGCUGUAAAUAUGCAAAUGUAGCAGGUGCCUGUGUCUGAAUAUCUUCCGUUAGCUUCACAUUUGACAAACAGAUUUGUAUAUUAAGAUCUGGUAACCAUUCCAGCUUCCAAGGAACAAAUGUGCUCAACAAAAGCAAACAGAAUUGAUACACACUGUAAUAAAAAAAAAGUAGAAUAUGGACCAUAUAAAAUGAUGAAAAAAAAAAGCUCACAUUUAUUUAUAUAAGGAUGAUAAAGUUAUAUGUAAUAUAUUUGCAAUAAGUUUGGACAAUCAUGCAAAAAUACAAACUUACAAUAAGAGAUGUGCAUAGCUUAAAAUAAAAACAAAUAUGGUGUAAUUUGUAUGUUUCAGUUGAUAAAAUCCCAUGUUUUUGGAA